UCCCACUUUGGGGUGAUACUCAUUGACGAAGGACGGCUCACAGUUUCGUUGGAGAGCUAAAAGCACUAAGAGGCUUAAAAAAGUGUUAGUUAUUUUUUUUUCGAGUGCUUGAAGUAAUCAUGGGUUUCGUAAUUAUUAUGCAGAGGAUCGUAGAUUGGAUCGCGGCCAACAAGCUGGUCACGUUCUUGGGCGUGGCCCUGUUUGCCUUUUUCGUGGCCACGAUCGCGCUGGCCGUCGAGAACAACGACAACGCGGCCGCCCUCCAGAGCUGCCAGGACAGGCUGUACGCGGCCACGACUACGUCGACGACCGUCCCACCGGCGACAACCGCUACUCCGGAUCCGGUAACAACCGCUACUCCAGAUCCGACAACAACAACUACUCAGGAGCCGCCAGCAUCAUCCACAGAGGAUCCUGGGAACGGUAGAAAACGUCGAUUUGCAGAAGCAAACUCAUGGCGACAAAUGGGUUGAGUUAGACUGGAGUUUUCACAGCAGCUUUCAAUUCAGCAGAAUUAUUUGUUGAAAUUUAUGUUAAAUAAAAAUGUGUUUUUCUUUCAA